CUUCCCCCCCACUCCCAUAACAUUUCCCAUCGCGUUUUGCAGCGUGGAUCGUGGGGGCUUUUUUUUUUUCCCUCCCCCUCGUUGUUUCUCCUUCCCCCGGUUCCGUUCUCCACCUUCCUUCCCCCCUUUGCCAGGCCCCCCGCAUUCCAGGCCUUGGGUUCCCGGGCGUGACGUCAGGCGCGGGCCCGCCUGGCUCCCGGCCCGCCCCGGCCCACGGCACCGAUCGCCGAAAUGCUGCUCUCGGUACAGCCGCGAUCCGGCCUCCCCGCCUUCGCCUACAACAAGAGCAGCAAAAAGCAACCUUAUGUACCCCCGGCACAGCCGCUGCCCCCCCCCAGCCCCAGUCCCGCCGGGGGGGUCCCCGAUCAGCUCAGCAAAACCAAUCUUUACAUUCGGGGGCUGCACCCUGGGACCACCGACCAGGAUCUUGUCAAGCUCUGCCAGCCAUAUGGGAAAAUCGUCUCCACCAAAGCCAUCCUGGACAAAACCACCAACAAGUGCAAAGGCUAUGGCUUCGUCGACUUCGACAGCCCCACAGCAGCCCAGAAAGCUGUGACGGCUCUGAAGGCCAGCGGGGUGCAGGCCCAGAUGGCCAAGCAACAGGAGCAGGACCCCACCAACCUCUACAUCUCCAACCUUCCCUUGGGGGUGGAUGAGCAGGAGCUGGAAGCGCUGCUGAAGCCCUUCGGGCAGGUGGUCUCCACCCGCAUCCUGCGAGACCCCCACGGGGCCAGCCGCGGCGUGGGCUUCGCACGGAUGGAGUCCACGGAGAAGUGCGAGGCUGUCAUCACCCACUUCAACGGGAAGUACAUCAAGAUGCCCCCGGGGGUGCCAGCCCCCCCGGACCCCCUGCUCUGUAAGUUUGCUGACGGGGGGCAGAAGAAGCGGCAGAGCCAGGGCAAGUUCGUGCCCAACGGGAGAGCCUGGGCCCGGGACGGUGACGCGGGCACCGUGACCUUGGCCUACGACCCUGCGACAGCGCUGCAGAAUGGGUUCUACCCCACGCCCUACGGCCUGGCCCCCAGCAGGAUGAUCGCCCCCCCGGCCCUGGCCCCCUACCUGCCCUCCCCUGUCUCCUCCUACCAGGUCCACGGCCCCGCCUGGAUGCAUCAGUCCUACCUCGUGCAGCCCACGGGUGCGGUGUUGGCCCCCGCUGUGGACCACCCCGUCCCUCUCCAGCCCUCCGUGGUGGCCCCCCUGGCCCAGCAGCUCGGGCACCUCUCGCUGGGCAGUGCCGGCACGUACGUUCCUGCCGCCGCAGCCGUCCCCGGAGCCUUCAUCCCUCCGUACCCCCCGGUGCCGCCCGCCCUCCCGCUGGAGGACGGCAGCGCCGGCCCCAGCCACGGACCCAUUGAGUCACCGUCCGAGCCCGGCGCCUUCCCCUACCCCUACCCCAAGUAGCGGCAGGGGGGGGCCGGCCCGAGGGGACACCCCCCCUCCCCCCGGGACCCCGCAGGACCCUGCACCCCCCGGGAGGGGCUGGGCCGGGACCCCCACCCAGCGCCGCCUCUCCCUCCCCCUGCGGGAAGACUGUGCCCCAGCUGGGGGUCCCUGAGCCUGGGGAGGGGGGGGGGUCCCCCCAUUCUGGGGGUCCUGCUGCCUCUUGCUGCCCCCCGCCCCCCAGGCCAGCAAGCGCCUCCCCCGCCCUUAACGCCCCACCCGGAGGCUUUUUUAUCCUCCUGCAUUUUCUAAAAAACUAAAAGACAAAAAAAAAACAAUCAAAACAAAACAAAACAAAA